AUGCCCUCUCAGAACAUUCGCAAUGUCCUUCCAUCUUCCAGCCCUCGCUACCCACAUACCCAUUCUCUCGUUGACGACGACCUGUCCCCAGAAUCUCCGUACCUCGGCGAGCCUUCUUCUUUCGGUUCACAGCACCCUCAUCCUGGCUCAGAGCCAGACGAGCCCUUGCGAAUAGUCGAGCCGCACAGGCCGUAUCUCAUCCCUGUCGACGAUCGAGCUCCUGGUUCCGAUCUAGACGAGGGUUUCGCAUCCGAUGGUAUGCCAGCCUCACCGCUCGUCUUGCCUGCGGACAAGUGCGAGCUUGCUACGCCAGAACGCCAGGGGCGCACUGUGGGGCAUGUUAGGGCGCCAGUGCUUGCACGCGAACCGACGACGCUUGAAUCGUUCUCGCGCACAAUCCGCAACUACGUCCCGUCUUCGAUCCCCAUCCCGUCUGCGGGGCCGAUCCCACCUCGGAUAUCUCGCCCGGAGUCCUUUGGGAGCUUCCUGAGCCCGUCGAGGCUGAACCGCGCAUCUUCCCAGCACGCCCACGAGAGCAGGGGUAAGCGGCGUGGCAGCGAGGCUUCGCACCCGAGCUGGGAGCGAGAGUACACGCCGGUGUUCAACCUUGACGAGGAAGUUCCCGAGGGCAGUACGCGGUACCCUGGGUUGGCUCCGGACGAGACUCGCGCGGAGGAGGUUCUCUGGGCGGGGUGGGACAGCCUGGUUGAGGACGACGCAGAGAAGCCCAGGCGCCUCCUCAUCCUCGGGUACCCAUCGGGAUUGCAAAUUUGGGACUGUACUGACCUCGGCGCCGUCUCCGAGUUGCUGAACCUGUCUAGGGACUGGGGCGCAGUGAUGUCUGCGGGUGUCCUUCCCAACCCCCGCUUGUCGUCGAAGGACGAUCCGAUGCGGGAGAAGCGACCAGUUUUAGGUGUCGUGUCGGAGGCGCGCGACAACAUCGAGUUCGUCGUGUACUCGCUGCGCACGCACGAGGUCGUCAAGCGGCUGCCCACCCCUAGCCUGCGGGCAUUUUCAGCGUCCGAUAAUUUUAUCAUUUUGAGUACUUCGAAUCCUGUAAACCUACACAUUCUUUCCUCCAGCACGUUUGGCGUUUUGUACACUAUACCCUCCGCAUCUCUCGUUCCCUUCGCAUCGGCGUCGCCAUCUCGUACCGGAAGCAGUAACAUUAAUCUCAAGAAGAGCAGUAACAAUCCAAAUUCGAAUGUAUCGCAUAUAGAUCUAGACGACAACGGCGUCAUCGGCGCGGACCGUCGCCCGCAACAUCAUCACCAACACCAUCAUCAUUAUCAACAUCACAUCGACACCCCACGUGCGGUGUACGCGCACUCGCGCCGCCUGCUAGCGUUCGCCUCCCCCCUGACCCCCGCCCCCGCCGUCGCUCCAGGCGCCCAUCCCAAUCUCCACUCGGCUCCAGCGAUGCUCACGGAGUCCUCGCCCAAGUUUGCACUGGGCAUGUCACAGGCCGAGCUGGGGAGCGCCGCGAUCAAGCUCGGCGGGACGGUCCUCAGCGGGAUGAAGUCCCUCGGCGGGCUUGCGAUUUCGGCUGCCCGCGCUGGGGUGUCUGCGGCCGUGGCCGCCGACGGCUCGGGGUCAGGGACGGGGAGCGAGGGCCCGAGCGGGUUGAGCAAGAUGUUCUUCUCACGGAGUGCGCCGUCUGCGGGCGCAGGCGUGGGCGGGGCACACCAGCGGCGCGUGUCUCAACCUUCGUCUGAGGGCGGGAGGCCGGACGUGCCCGAGAUCGAACGGGAACGGCGCGCGUACAUUGCGCCCGCGCCCCUGUCUGGCGGGUGUAAUGUCACCGUCGUGGACUUGCAGCCGCUGCUGUCAUCGUUGUCCUCUGCAGAAGCACCCCCGAAACGGCCGGUGGUCGUCGCGGAGUUCGUGGCGUCCAAGUAUCAGCCCGUGAGCUGCUUGCGGUUCUCGGCGGACGGGACGCGGCUCGUGGUGUCGCUGAAGGACGGGCAUAGCGCCAAGAUCUACCAGCUGAGGCCUGCACCGCGCGUUCUGCGCUCGCCGCUCUCUGUGCCGCAGGUGGACGAGGCGGAUAGCCGGCAGCGGCACCAGCGCGACGAGAGUGCGGUAUUCGACGUGCCGGAGGGUGCGCUGGAGCCGCCGAGGCAUGUGUACACGCUCCAGAGAGGGCGCACGUCGGCGGUUGUGGAAGGACUGGCAUGUGCGGGGGACGGGCGGUGGGUCGCGUUGGCGACGCGGAAGCGCACGGUACAUGUAUUUGCGACGAACCCGUAUGGAGGGCGGACGGACGACGUGAGCCAUCUGGCGGGGAAGGUCGUGAAUGCCUCUGAGCUGCAACCGUACCCCACGGAGCUCACGCCGAUUGUGAGGCUUCGCACGUCCAAGACGCCGCCGCCGGAGAGCUGCCCUGCGCCGCUGGCUUUUAUGUUCCUCCGCUCGUCGCCGUCCACGCUGCCGUCCAACCUCCUCCCAUCCAUCCCUCCGCAUUAUUCGACGUCCUCUUCGCCCUCGUCCGUGCACUCGGCGAGCCACGCGAACCCGCUCGCACUGCGUACGCCGCGCAACCUUCAGGACGUUCUCGUCUUCGAUCCGUAUGACGGCACGCUCUCACUCUGCCGCAUCGUCGUUGAGCGCAGCGCCGCCUCGUCAGAUCACACUGUGGGAUCUGUGCCAGUGGUGGGCACCACGAGUACGUCUCUCCCAGGUGUGAGUUCUCUUGGGAGAUUGAGCACGUCGCCUGCGAGCUCGGGCAGUCCACGACGAGCCUCGGGGUUGUCGCAGAUGAUGGAACGGCCCGCGGAGUUGGUUGCUAAGGAGAGCAGGGUUGGGACGUGGGUUCUGAGGAGGGGGAGCUUGAAGGAUUGGCCUGAGGUGCGGACGGCUUGGGCGGGAGAGCGGAAGGUUGGACGUCUUGCUAGCGCUGACUGGUUGUCCCGCGCGGAGCUGUCGACGUGCUCCUCGUCACCGCGCAUCCUCCCUCGUUCCAUCUACCUCUCGCACCAAUUCUCGUUCUACGUCUUCGGGGAGGACUACCACGCGCUCAUCAGGAGCUACCGCUUUGACGUGCCCGCGAAGAAGAUCGAAGUGCGCAAAGAAGUCGAGGUGAGCGCGUACGCCAUCGACUCGGGCGAGGCGUUCGUCCAGGGCUUUCAAGGAACGCGCGACAUGAACCCCGUCUCGUCGUCCUUUGACGAGCCACUCGCGUCUGCGAUCCAGGGCGACCUGCCGCAUCUCAAACCGUCGCCGCCCGUGCUGCCAAUGUACCCCAACGGCACGUCCGGGUCGGGGGCGCGCUCGCUCCGGAACGCGAUCCCGAUCCGCACCGUCGCGGGUAUCGGGGAUACGAUGUCGGAGGGCCUGGGACGGCUGCGCCGCGAAAUCGGCAAGGUGCGCUCGCCCCGGCUCUCAGCACGCGAGGGGCACGGCCUGCCCGAGUCGGUGCCGCUGGAGUUUGCGGAGGAGGAUGAGGACUUUUUUGUGGAUGCGCGCGCGCUCCAGUCAGGGAACAUGCAGUGCGCCGCGAUCGACAUGAUGCGAUCGACCUCGCGUGGGCGUGGAGGGGACUCGGGCGAGUCCCUCAGCCUCUCGACGCCGUCGCCGAAUCUCGAGCCGCUCGCAGCUGAGGACGGCAUGGAGGGCGUGUGGCAGGGCUGGGAGCCAGAGGACCAGCAGGCGGUCGAGGAUGCAGAGCGCUUCAACGAUAUCACGAUCGGGUUCAUGGAUGAGGAGCAGGAGACGAUGCGCGAGGUCGCGCGGAGUAGGCAGGCGCUGGGGUUUGGUGGAGGGAAGAAGCCACGCAAGUCGCGGAAGAGGUGA